AAUUGACCAUUUCUUUCUUGCUUUCUUAUCUCACAAUACAAACUUUUAAUGGAAGUCACGUUGGUCACAAUCAGAGUAAGUAAGUGCAUUUCCUCAAUGCGACAGCUAAAACAUAGCCAAAUUUCCUUUCAAAGAAAAAAGGAAAAAAAACAGUCUAACCGCGUUAUCCACCAAAAUAUACAACAACACGGAGGAAUUCUGCCUUUUAGAGUUUUUCAGGCAGAAUUCCAGAAAUUCAAGCACAAGUUCUGUUGAGGGAGUGAUAAACAGUCUGAAGAUCAAAAGAUAAAUCGACCCGGAGUUUCUUGUUAAUCGAUCGCCAAAUUUUCAGAAAGAUCUGCAUAUACCUUACACAGCAACCAUGUCAGGGAGACAUGAACACAGAUACUCAUAUUCAAGUGAAGAAUCUGGAAACAGACACGAAGAAGAAAACCAGUUAGUCCCUGUGGUGAACAAUAAUCAAGCAUUAGUACCAAUGUAUCAAAAACAUGUUGCUCCACCUGGCACUUACGUUGUUCAGAUCCCUAAAGAUCAGAUUUAUCGCAUCCCACCGCCAGAAAACGCUCGCCGCUUUGAGAAUUACACGCGCAAGGGGAAGAAGAAAAGCGGCCCGAGCUGUUGUUGUUGUGGCCUCUUCUGGAUUAUAGGUAUCCUCCUCUUUCUUGGUUUCCUUGCACUCAUCGCUUCAGGUAUCUUCUACAUCGUGCUCCGCCCAAAAGCUUUGCAGUAUUCGGUAGAGAAUUUCUCCGUUAAAGGCCUUGAUGGUAACCUUACUUUGCCAUCAUCAUCUUCAAGUCUGAAACUCUCACCGGAGUUUAACGUCACCGUGAAAUCCCAGAAUCCUAAUGGACAAAUCAGUUUCUUUUAUUAUAUGGAAGGAAGUGAAGUUACUGUUUCAUACUCUGAUGUCAAAUUAUCAACUGGUACAUUCGAAACAUUUUACCAGCCUACAAAAAAUGCAAAGGUUAUUGAGAUGGCGUUGAAAAGUAAUAGCGGAGUAAAGAUGUCAAACGAAACUCGCAUAUCGCUAAUUGAUCACCAGGAACUAGGUAAUGUUCCAUUUAUGUUAGAUCUGAAUGUGCCUGUUAAGGUCAAGGUUGGUUCUAUCAAGACAUGGAUAAUUACUCUCAAAGUUCAUUGCGAUGUUUCAAAGAGUGGGUUAAAGGUCAAUUCAGCUUUGGUUUCGAGCAAGUGUGGAGUUAAGGCAAAAGUUUUAGGUUAACCCUCCUUGGGUCUAAUGUAAUCAAAAAAAGAAGAUCAAAUGUGGAAAUUCUUACGGUUAGUUCAGAAACAAUUUGUUUGACAUUGUGACUAAUAAAGUUCUAUGGAUUGUUAUAUUACGAUGUUUUUUAUACUUCAUAUAGAGAGAUGCUUCUUCAUGUAAGAAAAAAAAUGUAAAUCGAAUUUUGAUUGAAUAUACAGUACGUAACUUUUUUAUGAUGCA